GUCAACAGUUGGCGCAAGUGGGAGCAAAUCGGAUCGGACUGGACUUUAAAAGUCCUCCAACAAUCUUUGCAGCCAAACCGCCUCCUGGGAUGCUUCGGAAAGGGCUACAAACUCCGCUUCUGCUGUGGACAAGGAGACGCAGGUUUGCUUCCGGCAAGCCCACGAUAUUGUGCCUCCACAGUACUGGAACACGUACCCGCUGUUGGAUUUCCGAUCGGUGCGACAUUCCGCCCAAUCGGCAUCGGCGAAACCGAUCAGACCGGACGAAUCACCGCUGCUGCUCAAACGAAGCUUCAAGUCCGCCGUCCCCUUCAAGUAGCGUACUGUUCGCUUCAGCUCGUCCCAGUCACGUUGUGUUGGAUAACUCCCCGGAUAAAAAUUUACAAAAUGAAGCUUAUGAUGAAAUACUGAUGCUUGGCCAAUCUUACCCACGAGAUAUAAUAAGAACUGAUGCAGGUUUAUAACUACAUGUAUUGUAUCCGGAACAAAGUUAGUACGUCUUUUAUACCGAAGUUGGAUUUUUCUCCAGAUACAGGCAACUUACCCAACUUCGAAAGUAGUGCGCUGGAUUCGCCUAAAGAUGCGCUAAACAACGCAUCAAUUAGUUUGACAGAUAAAACUUUGGAAGAAAGUUCGGUUCGGAAGUCCCGACAGCAAAGCUAGGUAAAAUGAGUGAAAAUGAAGUUUAAACUGAUUUAAAAUUAAAUUGAAAAUAA